CAGCAAAGAUGGCGGCCGAGCGGCAUUGAGUCCGUCUCCGUCAUGAGUUACCAGUUUUUUGUAUUAGUUUAAGUUUUCCGCUGAAAAGGAAGCCAAGUUCCUGCGAAGAAAUUCAUUUCAAGAAAGAAAUGUUGAGACCGUAAAAAGUGUAUUUUCGUGAGGAGUUAGCUAAUACGGCUCAGUAGUUUUUCGUUGUAGCUUCGGGUGUGCAUCGCCGUAGCUACCCGGUCUGUAUCCUCUUUGUAAAAUGGCCCCGGUGCAGAUUGGGUCAGAUGGGCAACUCGUCCCGCUCGGAGGUCCAGUUGUCUCGGGUCCACAACAACCGCCACCCGGGGCACCGGCCACGCAGGGGGUCCGAUUGAGUAUGCUCAUCGACUUCCUGCUCCAAAGAACCUACCAUGAAAUCACCCUGUUGGCGGAACUACUUCCCAGGAAAACCGAUAUGGAAAGAAAAAUAGAGAUUGUACAAUUUGCCAGUCGUACCAGACAGUUAUUUGUGCGUCUCCUAGCACUGGUGAAGUGGGCAAGCAAUGCAGGAAAAGUGGAGAAGUGUGCGAUGAUCUCCAGCUUCUUGGACCAGCAGACAAUCCUGUUUGUAGAUACAGCCGAUAGGCUAGCCUCACUAGCCAGAGAUGCCUUAGUGCAUGCCCGUUUGCCCAGCUUUGCCAUCCCCUUUGCCAUUGAUGUGCUGACCACAGGUUCAUACCCACGCUUACCCACGUGCAUUCGAGAUAAGAUCAUUCCUCCAGACCCAAUUACCAAGACAGAGAAGCAGACCACCCUGAACCAGCUUAAUCAGAUUUUACGGCAUCGUCUUGUCACCACAGAUUUACCUCCACAGUUAGCGAACCUCACAGUUGCUAAUGGGCGUGUAAAGUUUCGUGUGGAAGGAGAGUUUGAGGCCACAUUGACCGUAAUGGGAGAUGACCCUGAUAUUCCUUGGAGGUUGCUGAAGUUGGAGAUUCUGGUGGAGGACAAGGAAACUGGAGAUGGCCGAACCUUGGUCCACAGUUUGCAGGUGAACUUCAUCCAUGAACUGGUCCAGGCUCGUCUAUGUGCAGAUGAAAAACCCCUACAGGACAUGUACAACUGUUUGCACUCCUUCUGUUUAUCACUACAGCUAGAGGUGCUCCACUCUCAGACACUGAUGCUGAUCAGAGAACGCUGGGGAGACCUGGUGCAGGAGGAGAGAUAUGUUCCUGCAAAAUACCUCACCCUCACUGUUUGGAACCAACAGGUUCUUGGUAGGAAAACAGGGACAGCCUCAGUUCAUAAAGUCACUAUAAGGAUUGAUGAAUCUGAUGGAUCCAAGCCAUUGCAAAUAUCUCAUGAGCCUCCGCUUCCAGCCUGUGACUCUAAAUUAAUGGAGAGAGCUAUGAAGAUUGACCAUCUGUCAGUGGAGAAACUCUUGAUUGACAGUGUGCAUGCCAGAUCACAUCAAAAGCUACAGGAACUGAAGGCCAUCCUGAAGGCCAGCAAUCCCAGUGACAACUCGUUCAUCGAGACUGCUUUACCUACACUAGUUAUUCCAAUACUUGAGCCCUGUGGUCGCUCAGAAUGCCUUCACAUUUUCGUUGACCUGCACUCUGGCAUGUUCCAGCCAAUGCUCUAUGGAUUAGAUCAGUCCAUGCUGGAUGAUAUUGAAAAGACCAUCAAUGAUGAUAUGAAGCGCAUCAUAUCCUGGCUCCAACAGCUGAAGUUCUGGUUGGGGGAGCAGCGAUGUCGACAGUCUGUGAAACACCUCCCUACUGUGUGCACUGACGUCCUUCAUCUCUCUAACUCAGCUUCUCACCCUGUUGGCAGCUUGUCCAAACACAAGCUCUUCAUCAAGCUCACACGUCUACCACAGUACUAUAUUGUGGUGGAAAUGCUCGACGUGCCCAGCAGCCCCACUGCAAUACAGUAUAAAUACUCAUUCCUAUCGGUAUCUCAGCUGGAAGGAGAGGACGGGCCCAUGUGUGCCCAGCUCCUCCAGCAAUUCAAACCCAACCUGGAACAGCUUGUCCAGGACACCACAGGGAGAGGAGCCCGCCCUGGGACUAAGAGAAAGAUAUCUGGAGAACAAGGAGAUCUGGAGCCAAAGAAGCCGAAGCGGUCUGGGGAAAUGUGUGCCUUCAACAAAGAGCUGGCUCACCUGGUAGCGAUGUGUGACACAAACAUGCCCUUUAUUGGCCUGAGGACAGAGCUGUCCAAUAUGGAGAUCCCAAACCAGGGUGUCCAAGUGGAGGGAGAUGGCAGCAGUCACGCAAUACGGCUACUCAAGAUUCCCCCUUGUAAUGGAGUAGGAGAAGAGACCAGAAGAGCCUUAGAGCGCUCUCUACUGGACUGUACGUUCCGAUUGCAGGGCAGGAACAACCGCACCUGGGUGGCUGAACUGGUGCUGGCUAACUGCCCUCUCAACAGCACACACUGCAAAGAGCAUGCUUCGACGCGGCAUGUGUAUCUGACGUAUGAAAACCCUCUCUCUGAGCCGGUGGGUGGUCGGAAGGUGGUAGAGAUGUUCCUUAAUGACUGGAACGCCAUCAGUCAGCUCUAUCAGUGUGUCCUCAACUUUUCCCGAGCACUGCCAGAGAUGCCAUCUUAUCUGAGUGUGUUCUCAGAGGUGCGAUUGUAUAACUACCGCAAGUUAGUGCUGUGUUACGGCAGCACCAAGGGCAGUUCUGUCACCAUCCAGUGGAACUCCAGCAGCCAACGUUUCCAUCUUGCCCUGGGCACUGUUGGGCCAAACUCUGGCUGCUCCAACUGCCAUAACAUCAUUCUCCACCAGCUACAGGAGAUGUUCAACAAGAACCCUAAUGUGAUGCAGCUGCUGCAGGUACUUUCUGACACACAGGCCCCCCUGAAUGCAAUCAAUAAGCUACCUACAGUGCCCAUGCUUGGCCUUACCCAGCGCACAAACACUGCCUACCAGUGCUUCUCCAUCCUGCCCCAGUCCCCUACGCACAUCCGCCUGGCAUUUCGAAACAUGUACUGCAUUGACAUUUACUGUCGCAGUCGCGGUGUGGUAGCCAUCAGAGAUGGAGCUUACAGUCUCUUUGACAACACAAAGAUUGUAGAAGGCUUCUAUCCUGCACCAGGACUCAAAACUUUUCUCAACAUGUUUGUAGACAGCAACCAGGAUGCUCGCAGACGAUCUGUCAAUGAAGAUGAUAACCCACCAUCUCCAGUGGGAGUAGAUGUCGUGGACAGUCUGAUGAAUCAACUGCAAGCUCCACAGCAACCGCAGACAAUGAGGGCAGGUGCAGGAGGGGUAUAUCCUCCCCUUACCUCACCACCACCAAACUACCACCCCAACGUAACUCCAUCUCCAUCCAUGAUGCCCACCCAGUCACCAGGGAACAUCCAUGCCUCUGGCUCCCCUAGUGGAGCUCUGAGGGCACCCUCUCCUUUUGGGCCCACCCCGUCUCCGUCUUCUCUGGGGAUAGCCAUGGGCCAGACCAGCUUUGCCAGUCCCCACGGUGCUCUGGAUCCCAGCUCUCCAUACGCCAUGGUGUCUCCCAGUCAUAGAGGUCAGUGGCCAGGCUCACCUCAGGUUUCAGGGCCUUCUCCUGGGGCUAGGAUCCACGGCAUGUCCCCGGGUAACCCUUCUCUGCACUCCCCAAUCCCUGAUCCUCAUUCUCCUCGUGCUGGGACCAGUUCCCAAGUCAUGCCUUCCAGUAUGCCUCCACCCCGCACUCUACCUCAACGCCCCUGGGCUGCCUCCAUACCCACCAUCCUCACCCAUAGUGCCCUGCAUGUUCUUCUGCUCCCAUCACCCACUCCCUGCCUGGUACCAGGCCUGGCAGGAAGCUACCUCUGCUCGCCACUUGAGCGCUUCUUGGGUUCAGUUAUCAUGAGACGCCACCUUCAGAGGAUCAUUCAGCAGGAGGCCAAUUUGACCAUUGUAAACUCCAAUGAGCCAGGUGUAAUCAUGUUCAAGACGGAUGUGCUCAAGUGCCGUGUUGCUCUCAACCCAAAGAACUAUCAGACAUUGCAGCUCAAGGUCACUCCAGAAAAUGCAGGACCCUGGUCGCAAGAGGAGCUUCAGGUGUUGGAGAAGUUUUUUGAGACACGGGUUGCUGGUCCUCCUUUCAAAUCCAACACUCUGAAUGCUUUCACAAAGCUACUGGGUGCACCCACUAACAUCCUCAGAGACUGUGUCCGGAUCAUGAAGCUUGAGCUGUUCCCUGACCAGGCUGCUCAGCUGAAGUGGAACGUUCAGUUCUGUCUCACCAUCCCUCCCAGUGCUCCCCCCAUCGCCCCUCCAGGAACCAUCGCUGUGGUGCUGAAGUCCAAAAUGCUCUUCUUCCUGCAGCUGACCCAGCGCAUCCCAGUGCCCCAGGAGCCAGUGAGCAUCAUCGUACCCAUUGUGUACGACAUGGCAACAGGCCUCACCCAGCAGGCUGACAUUCCCAGACAGCACAGCUCCUCUGGGGCUGCAGCACUCAUGGUUUCUAAUAUUCUAAAGAGGUUCAAUGAGGUGCACCCCGCCAGACAGGGUGAAUGUACUAUAUUUGCUUCUGUUCACGAGUUGAUGGCCAGCCUCACCUUACCUCCAGGCACUCGACAGUAGAAACAAGAAAUUCAGAAGCUCAUACUGGAACGCGUUUGGAGUCACUUUGAUACUAAGGAUGUCUCCAUCACAGAACAAAGAACUGUGGUCCUAACAUCUAGCAUGUGUCCUGUCUUCUCUUCUCUGGAAUUCUGACUUGCUAUACAAUUGCAAUUACAAAGGGGAGUAAAAUAUGUACAGUCGUGGACCACAGUGUUUAAUCUUGAUUGACAUGUGAGCUCCGUCAGAGGGAGGAAUUUGAUGCAAAAGGAUGUUAUUUUUGUCUCCAGGUGCACUUGUAAACAGAGGAUUAUCUAUUGAAAUUAUGGUUGUUUACAAAAAAAUAUGUACAAUAAUGUAUAUUUGAGUGUUAAAGAAUUGGGUGAGGUAGAUUUUUUGCUAGGAAACUGUCUUCAGUCUUUUUUAACAGUGCCAAACUCAUAUUCUAGGACCAGGAGAUGUAUUCUUUAGCACACUAUUUAAAUGUCUUCUUGCUUUACGUUUUUAUUUCAGACUUUCACUUUGGAUACUGUAAAACUGUGACAAAUGUUAAAAGCCAGUUGUAUUUUAUUAAGACCUGUUUUUGAGUCCUGAUUGAAGACAUCGAGACUUCCUGUCUGACUUUGCUAUUUAAUAAACCAAGCCCAGAGUUGGUUUGUGCUUCCACUGA